CUGAUGUUAUCAAACAUGCAGCCAGGGUGGAUCCGAAUAUUUGGCAACCCACCCCAGAGAGAGUCCAGACGAAGGGAUUGGAAAGAAGCGCACUCUCGAGGCGAUCGAGUCAGGAAAUGUUUUACUGAAGUCGGCCUGAGAGCUUGGGGAAACCGGUUUGCGACAAUGUUAAAGGACCUUGUAUUCCAGUUUGGGGUGUUUUACGCCUUUUUGUGUCAAUGUGCCUUUGGUUUGGUUCCUCCUGCGACAAACGUCAGUGUUGUUUGUCAUAACUUUGUGAAUGUGAUUUACUGGAACUACAGUAAUCCCGCUGAACAGCUGAGGUUCAGUGUACUGGUCGAACCUUAUGAAAGUGUUGCUCGGACCGUCGACACGUCCCAGACGUACCUUGAUAUCAGCAACAACAGCGACGAUGCAGCGGAUGAUUAUUUUGUGGAUGUGACGGCACAUGUUGGACAAGAGAAAUCUGAAAGUGCCUCCAUUAGAUUCACAUACAGCAAAGACUAUUAUGAUGAGAAAACACAUAAAUAUAAAUGCUCUUUGGACUUCCCAGCUGUAAAUACCUCGGUCCGGAAAGAUGUGAUUGAAGUGUCUUUUUGGCACCCUUCCUUAUAUUAUGAGCAGGAUAUUCUGAACGAGGAAUUCAAAUACACAAUCACACAUGAUCAGGAAACGUUUUCAAACUUCUGUUUUUGGGAUGAACAACAGUGCAAUUAUGAAAUCCCCCUUAACCAAAGUGUGGCCGGACAGUGUGUGGAGCUGAGGUUUGAAGGGAAGAUCGCAGCUAUUCCUACACACACCUCCAGACACGUCUGUGUCCCUCACCUGACGCCCCACACUGACCACACAGGAUUGAUCUUGGCUUUGCUGGGAGGAGGGUUCGUGUUGCUCUGCGUUAUCGCAGGUGUUGUGUGGGUCCUCUCCAAGAAGUUGGCCAAAAACCCCAAAUUUCCUCAAGCUUUGCUGAACAUUAUCUCCAGCCAGACUCCGACAGUCCUCCUUCCCCAACCCGACUGCUCCACCGUCUCUCCAACGGCGUCUGAUGGACACAAACCACUCCUGAAUGAUGUCACCUAUGGCUCUUCCCCCAUUACUGUAGAUGAGAAAGACUGCGAAACAACCACUGACCUUGCUAACACAGAAGUGGAGGACCCUGAGGCUCCUGAAGAGGGUGAUGAAGACUUUACAGGCUUCGGCCAGUCGUCUGACUAUAACAGUCCCAAAUUCCUGCAUGAAAUGAGUCCUGAGGACUUCGCUGAGGGAUACGGCUCACGGCCGCCGAUUCUUAGUCCUGAAUGUUUGUGAGAAUAACUCUGCUCACACAAAGUCAUUUGAUGAAAUCAGUAUUUGGUCCAUUAGCAAAUUUCACACAGCCAUCCAGCCGGAUCAGGUUGUGCUUACUCACUGUAAGGAGAGGCAGUGAAAAAACUACAUCGCUCCUGUUAAAGGUCAAAGCUGCGUAUAAUGCCAGUUUUGUUGUGAUGCUCAUACGUACACUUUUGACAGUGGGAACUUUUACAUGCACACACUCCCAAAAAUGUGCUUAUUGAAAAAACCUGUGUUUCCAUGCAAACCAAUAACCUGGAUAUGCAUGUUUUCCACUUUCACAGGGUUAUCCCCGGUAGUGACGUCAAAAUGCAAUAAUUUGUGUAAUUGGAGAAUGUCCUGUUAGAAAAUGACCAGAUUGCAAAUAUGAUGCUUCAUAAUUCAACUAAAAUUUAUAUUUCCACUCGACAACGUCAAAACGCAUCUUAG